CCAUCCCCACUUCCUCCUCCCAGGAAGACAUCGAGGCCGGACGUGCUCCUUGAACCCAAACCCCGGGUCCCCAGAAUGCUCCUCCUGCUGACCGCACUUCAGAUCUGGGCUCUAGCCGGGGCCCAGAGCCAAGAGGAUGAGAACAAAAUAAUCGGUGGCUACUCCUGCAUCCAGCACUCCCAGCCUUGGCAGGCAGCCCUGCUGGCCGGCCUCACCCAACGCUUGCAUUGCGGAGGGGUCCUGCUGUCGGAACACUGGGCCAUCACCGCCGCCCACUGCUCCCGCCCGAUCCUUCGGGUCGCGCUGGGCAAGCACAACCUGAAGAGGCGCGAGGCCACCCAGCAGGUGCUGCGCGUGGCCCGCCAGGUGCCACACCCCCAGUACAACCCCCGGACCCACGACAACGACCUGAUGCUGCUGCGGCUGGAGCGGCCGGCUCGGCUGGGGGGCGCGGUCAGGCCCAUCGCCGUGGCCAGGACCUGCGCCAGCCCACAGACACCCUGCCACGUGUCCGGCUGGGGCACCACGUCCAGCCCCAUCGCCAGGUACCCCAACGCUCUGCAGUGCGUGAAUAUCAGCGUCAUCUCUCGUCAGCAAUGUCAGCAGGCCUACCCCGGCGCCAUCACCGCCGGCAUGGUCUGCGCGGGAAUCCCGGAAGGGGGGAAGGACUCUUGUCAGGGAGACUCCGGAGGACCCCUGGUGUGCAACGGGAAACUCCAGGGCCUGGUGUCCUGGGGGAUGGAGCGCUGUGCCCUGCCUGGCUACCCCGGAGUCUACACCAACCUCUGCGAGUACUACGACUGGAUCCAGCAAACCAUUCUGAGCGCGUGAUCGCCAGUGUGAGGGAAUAUGGAUGCCCACCUGCUGCCCACACCUGCUCUCUCCACUCAAGACCAGUGGCUCCUCUCCCAGCCCCAGGAGUCCAG